AUGUCGGGGCUGCCAACUGGCGCCUCUUCCAGCGAAGCGAUGGCGAUGAACUUUGGAUCUGCCCACUCUCAUAGUAUGAAUAUGGACGUGUUCGACCAGGAUAUGACAUUUGAUGAAUCACUUCUUGAUGGGGCUGCACUGCAGACUCUACCUUUCGGCACCUCGUACGACUUGGAUGCCUUUUCCUCGACCUUCGAAGAUCCCUUCUCAUAUUCGACUCGACAACAAUUCGAUCCUCCGCCGAAUCAAGAUGCCCUACAUGAGGAAUCAUCUCCCCAGGAGCCCGAUAAUAAGCUUCUUGGGUUCUCCGCUCCCGUUUCCAACGCUACCAUUGUCAACGAGAACAACCAAUUCGUUGACGCCGGCAUGACGGCUGAAUUGUACGGCAUGUUCUUCGUUGCCGAGGAUGUCUUCGGAGGAGAAUCAACCGGACGCCCGAUGGAAUUGACUUGUUAUCGUCGCAACCUCUGGCAGUGUUCGGGGCAGAUCACUCUCCCUCGCGGAAUCAGGAAUAUUGUGAAUGAACAAGGCCAACACAUUCGAAUAUUCGAGUUAGUAGCGACUAUUGCAGCCAUCGAAUCCAUCGAAGGAAAGGCUACAGAAAUAAUAUCGAUUCCCUGGAAGAACGCCAAUCCCCAGGGAGGUGAUGACUCAAAAGGCGUUUCAGCACCACCUACCAUCACACUGGAUAUAACGACAGGCCAGGAGAUCGACGCACAUCGCGUUUCUUUGCCUAUAUCUUGGAAACGGCUUCAGUUCAAGCAUGCUACUGCCAACAACGGCAGAAGAAAGGGCUUGCAACAGCACUACGUAGUCCAGAUCACCCUGCUAGGAAAGACACAGACUGGUGAACUCAUAAAAGUAUCGGAGAUCAAAUCUGGCCCAGUCAUUGUUCGCGGCCGGAGUCCCAGAAACUUCGACAGCAGGAAGGAUGUUCCUCUUACAGGCGACAAGAGAUUUGAGAGGAGAAGCACAUCGACGUCAAAUGUCGACCACCCAACCCUUAAACUCGAACGGGAGAAUUCGACGAACUUCACGCAAAGAUUCCCUCCUGCUGGAAAUCUCCAGAUAAGCAGCCGAACGACUGGGCAACACCUGGGUCAAUGA